GCGUCGUUCUUCGAAUUUUCCGUUCCGUUUUAGGUUUGUUUUCAGUUUUAGUUUUGUUUUAUUUAGCCGCGAAAACGCCGGCUCGGCUGUCAAAUUCUGUGUACGCAAUAACGUUGAGUGUACGUGUUGUGACGAUCUGGACCUGCUACAGGCCAGUUUGUAUUAAUCCUGUGUGUUUUGGUUUCGUUAUUUGCCGGGAGGUGUGGUUGAGCACGUGUCUUAUCGAUUGCCGGCGUCACAGGAACGGAGGCAACAGCGAUAAGAUUUCGCUCAGUAGCGCCGUCGGACGCGGCGCGAACGCCAACCAUGCAUUAGAUAUCGCACAAACGAUAUCGAAACUGCUUUUCACUUCGGAUGGCUGCAGGGAUGCCGGUUUCCUGAAGAUGGCCUCACGCACCCCGUCCCUUGAGUCGCUGCCCGGUGCCAACUCGAUAGGUUCGCUGGAGCGUGGCUCCUUAUCGCCCCUGACCCUCAGCGGCUCCUCGCCCCCCGCGAGCGACUCCGCUGUAUGUGACCUUCGCGAGUUCGACGGUCUAGACACCACCUGCGCCAUUUGCCGGGAGACGUUCGUCGACCCGAAAGUACUCAACUGCUUCCACACAUUCUGCCGCGGCUGCUUGGAGCGCGAGCAGACACACCCGGACAAAGUAACCUGCGUGACUUGCCGCGUGGACAGCCAGCUCCCGCCGGCUGGCGUACUCGGCCUGCUCACGAACCUCGUGAUCGCCGCUGCUGUCGAGCAGGACGCCGACCUACUCCCGUCCGCUCGCCAGACCAACUCGCCCUCGGCCCGCUGUACCGGCUGCAAAUCUAAGGAAUCAGACGCCGUAGCGCGUUGCGUAGACUGCGCCAAUUUCCUGUGCCCGAACUGCGUUAUGGCGCACCAAUUCAUGCACUGCUUCGAAGGCCACCGAGUGCUGGCUUUCACAGACCUUAAGGAUGACAAGGGCAUGCUCGGAUCGACUCUCACAACCAGCGGGGAUAAAACCGCAUUUUGCCCGCGACACAAGAAUGAUAUCCUCAAAUACUUUUGCCGCACGUGCUCAGUUCCGGUGUGUAAGGAGUGCACCAUCAUCGAGCACCCAGCCGCGUUACACGAUUAUGAGCACUUGUCCGACGCUGGCCCUAAACAACUAGAGCUCAUGCAAGCCGCGGUAAACGAAGCCAAGACCCGCGCCACGGAGAUCAGGCACGUAGUCAAGACUGUCGAACACGCUGCUGGCAAACUACAGGUCCAGUACCAUAAAGCUCAAAACGAAAUUAAUGAUACGUUUCAAUUCUACCGUUCUAUGCUAGAAGAACGCAAACAAGAGCUACUCAAAGAACUCGAAAGCGUAUUCUCAACGAAACAGAUCGCGUUGACGGUUGUAGGCCAGAAAGCUCAAGAGACUGUUGAUAAAAUUUAUCAGACUUGCGACUUUGUAGAACGGCUAACCAAGUGCGCCAAUUUAGCUGAAAUUCUAAUGUUCAGGAAGUUAUUAGAUAAUAAACUGCAGACCUUGAUGCAAACGAAUCCUGAACAAAGCAUGCAAACAGCAUCUGAACUCGAAUUUGUGUCGAAUUAUCAGGCAAUACAAGUUGGAGUACGAAACACUUUUGGAUAUGUCCGCUCGAACCCCGAAAACGUAGGUCCCACCAAGCAACCACCUAUUGCCCGUCCUACAAACGGGUCGCUUUUGAAUGGGGGCUCAUCGUCUAGCAGCAGUAGCGUCAACGGAAGUUCCGGUAGCUUAAACGGUGGUAUCCACCUACCGACCGGACUGAACGGCGUCUUAGACCGUCCCUACAGCAAUGGCCUGCUUGGACCCACCAGCCAGUCCACGUCUCCUUUCGAAUCCAACAUCAUCUCCAAGAGAUUUAACAAUGGCGCGAGUCUCGGGCCAUUCUCUACCGCUAUUGGAGAUAUUAACUUGAAUGGAAUUAAUCCCUAUGAAAAAUGGUCUAAUGGUGGAUGCGACUCGCUCUUUCCUCCCACCAAUAAUGACCCUUACUCACUAACCACUGCCGCACACAAUGAUCCUAUACUAGAUCUGACGAACAAGUUAAUUUCUACUGCCAUUUUCCCACCGAAAUCUCAAAUUAAACGGCAAAAGAUGAUUUAUCACUGCAAAUUCGGAGAGUUCGGAGUUAUGGAGGGCCAGUUCACGGAGCCCAGUGGUGUCGCUGUCAACGCUCAAAAUGACAUCAUCGUCGCCGACACCAACAACCAUCGUAUCCAGAUAUUCGACAAGGAAGGCCGCUUUAAAUUCCAAUUCGGAGAAUGUGGCAAACGCGACGGUCAACUGCUAUACCCUAAUAGAGUUGCAGUGGUGCGCACGUCCGGCGACAUUAUUGUUACUGAGAGGUCUCCCACACACCAAAUACAGAUCUACAACCAAUAUGGCCAAUUCGUGCGCAAAUUUGGCGCCAACAUUCUGCAGCACCCUCGCGGCGUGACCGUCGACAACAAGGGCCGUAUUGUGGUCGUAGAAUGCAAAGUCAUGCGCGUCAUCAUCUUUGACCAAGUGGGUAACGUGCUCCAGAAAUUCGGCUGCUCCAAGCAUUUAGAAUUCCCCAACGGAGUAGUAGUCAAUGACAAGCAGGAGAUAUUCAUCAGCGACAACCGCGCGCAUUGUGUCAAGGUGUUUAACUACGAGGGCAUCUAUCUGCGUCAAAUAGGAGGCGAAGGUGUGACUAACUACCCGAUCGGUGUAGGAAUUAAUGCCGCCGGCGAGAUCCUGAUCGCGGACAACCACAACAACUUUAACUUGACGAUCUUCACUCAGGACGGGCAGCUGGUGUCCGCUCUCGAGAGCAAGGUGAAGCACGCGCAGUGCUUCGACGUGGCCCUGAUGGACGAUGGUUCCGUGGUCCUCGCCAGCAAGGACUACCGGCUCUAUAUCUAUCGCUACGUGCAAGUGCCGCCUAUAGGCAUGUGAGCCCCCCGCUCUGAUCACAUCAGAUCGAAUUGACCGAUGAACUAUACGCCAAAAAACCAUUUGUUGAAUCGCAAAUAACUUGCAAGUGAACGGAUCGGCCAGAUGUGUCAAUUUUUGAAUAGUUGCAUGUGACAAUUUUGAUGUGAAUUAAUGGACUUGAUAGUUUUUGUAAGUGCAAGUGUUACGAUUGCGGCUGUCUCGAUGUGAUCAAUUCAACUAACGGUGGAAUUCUUGAAAUAGUUUUUGGCAUAAAAUCUCUGUAUGCAUUAUUUCGGAACUGUAAUGAGAUUAGUCAUAGUAUUGACAUUGUUAUUCGAGUACCUAUUUAAGGAUGGAGAUUAUUCCGUUGAAUCGAUCCAAGCAUAACGAACGGUGUUCUCGACCCUAUCAUUUUUUGAUCUAUUGAAUAAUAUUUUUUCAUAUCCCACAUCGUUAAAUUAGGGAUGAAUAUUAAGGGCAUUUGUAUUAUUUAGCCCAUUUGUUGGACCAAUAUUUUAACUAUUAUUACUUAACAAAUUGUUAGGCGUUAAGCGUGUGAUUUUAUCGUAAUAAGAGAGCAUCGAGCGGUAUUGUUGUUAGUUGUAAGGUAUUCUUCGGCACAAUGGCACUUCCUGUUUUUGAUUAGCACUUAUUCUGUGUCGAUGGAAAUAUGAUUAUGAAACUAAGUAAGAAGUUGUUACAUUAUUAUUAGGUAAGUGUUAAAUUGAUUGAGCUAAUGUGGACAAUCAUUAGUUACUACCCUCUUGAUGUAGUUACAAAAUUAGGGAAAGUGAUGGUAGGGGUUUUAUCAAUGACAAAGUUGACUGCGGCGUUCCUUGGACACUACUCGAGCAAUGCUACAGGUCCUUCCCUGCGGCGUUCUAUGCAGAGCGCAAAGUUUUGAUACCACGAAACUGUGACUGAUCGAAAAUGUUUUAUAGACCUCAGCUCAGUUCAGAAUUAGAUACGCCACUCCUCUUCCAACAUUAACCUUGAGUAUUAUAAAGCAUUUUAGAUUAUGAUGUUAAUAAGUUAUGAAUGAAAUGGCUGUAGUUUCUUUAUAUUUGUUGGAAGACUUCUGUCCCGACCGAUGUCAGUACCGCCUAGUCACUGAGAGCCCACGGACCUGAAAUUCAUGUUUUCGUUGUUUUAAAGAUAAGUAACAUUUGGUUGAUAAUAAUAUUGUUCGUUUUUAUACAAAUCUAGUAAUUGAAUAUGUUUUUAGCAAUUGGACACGGUAGUAACUAGUAGAGCACUUUAGGAAAUGGUCGUCUCGCUAGACUUUUUUUAAUAAUUAUAAUUUUUGAGAUUUUGAUACGUGUAACUAGCGUUUCUCUACUUACUGGAGUAUUAUAGCUCACUCGGUAUACAAAUAACUAUGCAAUUUGUUAUUCUGGUAAGAUAUUUUUUUUAUGUGGAAACAACUUUAUUUUUGUAGCAGUAGUAUUAUACGGUGCAUGUGUAACGUUUACUUUUUGUAUUUUAUGAAUAUUAUGCUAUAAUUUUUUACUUCAUUACCGUGUGUGAGUGUGUUAGCAGAAUUAUUUUAGUUUGAUUUCAAUAGUUUUGGUUUUCUUAGUGAAUAAUUGUUUUUAGUUAUUUUUAAUCGCUGAAUCUAUGACAAGUGAAGAGAUCUGAUUCGAUCCGUCUAUUACGGUCGGUGGAUCUAUUUCUUAAUUUUUGAUCUGCAUUAGUAUAUUGCUUAGGUUAUGAUGAGUUCGGUGAUAUUCCAAUGGUCUAAACUAAAGUGAGUCUGUAGAUUGAAGGCGCGUCGCGAGGGCGGGGGCCGCGGCCUCGCUUACCUGCAACACAUGUGCCAUACAACUUUGUUGUGAUUUAAUAAAUAAUAUUUAGUAUCGUUUGUAAAUAUGUACCAUACAACUUUGAUUACGGAAUCUAAUUAUAAGCCUCCGAUGAACUCGAUCGUACAUCUUACUCGUUAGUGCAAUUGUGUCUCGAUUAUUUUAUGAACUAAUUACCUACUCGCUAAACAUUUCGCGCAUUAUUUCAUUUAUCGCUUGCACUCUUGCACUAUCGUUAGCAUUCUGAAACAGCAGAUUUUCUUUAUGCUUGUUAUUUUUCAAAAAUUGCGACCCACGGAGUUCUUGCCAAUCACGACGCGUCUUCGAUUCAAUAGUAAAAUUUCGUUUUUAAAUUUGGAUACUCACUAGAUUAGGUGAAGUAGAAUUUAUUUUCAGAUCUCUAGAGUCGAAAUUUCAGUGAUGAGUCACCAAUGAUUUAAUGUAGGCUGCCCUGUUCCUAGUAAAUUAUUACCAUUCCUAAGAUCGGACGUUAAUAUUGUAUUUCACUUAAUCUACUGAAUCGAGUCUAUUGAUUUUAGGUGCCGUAGCCUGCUUCAUCUCACUUCAUUUUGAUGAAUCGUUACAACAUACUUCAUUUCAUUCCAACGUGUCAUCUAAUAAAAUCUAUAGUUGCUUUACAAUCUUGACCGAUUAAUUUAGUUAAUAAAAUGCACAAUUCGUCUAAAUGAAUUGAGGUUACGCUAAACAAGGAAUACAAUCAGUUAGACUUUGCAAAAGAUUCAUUCGUAAAAAUUACGCCAUCAUUGUAUACAAACAGAAAAUAUCCGAUCCAUCUACAUUAUGAAAUCCUGUCGUAAUGUUUACGAAUGACUUCAGUAACUACAUACGCUUCUACUUAAUUUGAGAUCGUUACAACGUAUUAUAUUUAUAUUAAGUAUAGCAUAGUAUCAAAAUUUUAUCGUAAGAUUUGCAAAUUAUGACAACUACACCUACACCUUCAAUGUAAAGCAGUGUAAUCCUUUCGAACGUUUUUUUAAUUAUGACGGUAUGAGUUAGUUAUUUUAUUUUUAACCCAAUACGGUAUUUUAAGUUACAUCCCUAUUGAUUUAUUAUUACAAAUUUCGUUCACAUUUAACUUUUUUGUGUUUUUG